AACCAUUCAAUAGCUUUGGGACCAUUUAUGAAGUUUUCAAAAGUACCUAGAGAACUGUUCAUCGCCGUUUAACAGGCAGUUCCGACAACCGCGAGGGCGGAGCGCGAUGGGGAGAACCGUCAGUGACGCCGCCUCCACAGUGCCGCUGUUGAAGAGAGAGGACUGUAAGCGUACCAAACAUGAUUCUGCUUUCUCGCAAUGGAAGAUCCUAAUCGGGCCUCGUGAUUGGGAAGAUUAUUUGUUGAGCAAAGAAGGCGCAGAGAGAUACAGGACUCACAAUCUUCCAAAUUGUUCUUCUUGUCCAGGGGUUUAUGAGCUUGGGAUAGCUGUUUCACUCCCACAAACAGAAUCAAAAACUAGUAGCCAACUUAGCUCCAAAAGGAUAAUUCCUGUUUAUCUUGGACAAGCUGAUAAUGUUAGAACCAGACUUCAGCAGUAUGGUCGUGAUGGUGCUCAUUUGGAGAAUGGCUGGUCAAACGGAGAUCAAACUGACCGGAAAGUCCUUGGAUUGUUCUCUGACAUAUUCUCUUACGGCUUUGCACUUGCAUUUCGAUGGGCUCCAAUGGAUAAUAAGAAGGAUGCUGAGAAAACAGAAACCCAGCUUUUAAAAACCUUCGAUUACGCAUGGAACCGAGGGAUGAAUGGGGAACGCCGCCCUUUUGACAUCCAUCAAAAGCUUAAAACCGCUUCCAACACUAAAAGGGUUCCCAUAUCCCGGGUUUUCAAAAAGCUUCAUCUCAUUCGUCCAAAAAAGGUGGGUCUUAAUAUCAAACAUUGCGACCCACCCGUUUUGGAAAACGGAUCUAACUUCUACACCAAGCCAAAUGACACAAAUAUCCUCACAAGAAUCUUCAAAUUAACCCCAUCACGCCCUUCGCUAGUAGCCAACAAUUAUGAUACAAACAACAACAGUGAUGAUAACCGAAUAUGUGGUGUGGCCUUGGGUCACGGAUCUAUAUGUACUCGACCUCCUGUUGAGGGAAGAAAGAGGUGCGUUGACCAUAAAGGGAUGAAAGUCAACGCGUCUGUAAAAGUAAAAUCCCGUUUAUUUACUGAUACUAAUACAGAGACAGAUGUGUGUUGUGGGGUCACCGUCGAUGAUGAUGGUUCUAUAUGUACAAGAAUGCCUGUUGCAGGGAGAAAACGAUGUGAGGAACACAAAGGAAUGAGAAUGAAAAUGCAAAAGAGUUAUGAAGGACACAAGGGCAUAAUGGUCAAUGGAAAAAUUGAUGUGGAUUCGUUGACUUGUGUAGGGGUUACAGUGAAUGGUUCGUUUUGUAGAAGGAAAGCAGGUGAAAAUAGUAAGUUUUGCUGGCAACAUCAUCAGGGCCGAAAUUGAUGGGUGAUUCUCAAUCAACGGAUGUGAAGUGUGAAAGGUUG